AUGAGGACAUCACAAUCUUCAAUAUUAUUUUGCAUAUUUCUUACAUUUCCUUUAUCUUUUGCCCGAUUUGGCGGUGAUUUCCGGGCCUUUGUCCAUAAUCGGUAUGGAAUUGAAAUUGCACAAAGAUUGGAACGGCUGGAUAUUGGUGAAGACGCUUCAGUUGGAGGAAAUGAAGCCGGUGAAGGACGGUACAAAGGGCAGCCUGUGAUUAUAGUCCAUGGAAUUACCAACAAAGUUUCACGGUUUCAGGUAAGGAGCUAAUUUUUAUCGAGAAAACCUUGAAGUAAAUUUGAUGAUAAUUCGAGUAAAGGUCUACGGUUACUUUGUGUAUCGAAAAUUCCGAGUUUUUGCAAAAAUAGCCAAAAUUUCAAAUCCAAAGGUUAAUGCUUGAUUUGAAAGGUCCAAGUAAAAAUUUUGGUACACUAUCUCUGCAAAAACUUACUUUUUUCGCCAAAUAUUUGCAGGGACCUAGCCAAAAAAAAGUUUUUUCUGACCGUCUCUCCUCACUUUCCAUUAUUUGUCUUUAAAAUUCGCAUAGCAUCCGGGCCUGCCUUGUAAAGCAAAAUUCUACUUUUCCCAGAUACCGCUUUAUACCUAGUUUUCCAUACUUGAACGCAUGGCUUUUUCAGGGCACAAUAAACGAGCUGCGCCGUCACGGAUACAAAGGUGGGAUCUUUGGCACAACUUACGGAGAUGGUGGCGUAACACCAGCCGGGUUGGUGGAGAUGAAAUGCGACUAUGUCAAGCAAAUCAGGUAACUAAAAAAAUUUUAAUUUCUUAAAAUUUUUUUAGAAGCUUAAUAAUCGCUGUCUACGAAUACAUUGGGGACAAAGUUGAUAUCAUCGCGUAUUCCAUGGGCUCUCCCAUUGCUCGAAAAGCCAUAUUAGGAGGUCUUUGUGUGGACACCCGAGAAGUGAUUGGCCCUCCGAUCACCGAGUUGGUAGACACUUUCCUUAGUGUGGCUGGAGCGAAUUCAGGUGCCGUUUUAUGUUUUGUCCCGAUUCCUGUUGGAACGUGCAAUCGGAAAAAUGGAUUGCAUUGCGAUUCCGAGUUCUUGGCCGACAUAAACAGUCAGCAGCGGUAUGAGGGAUCCCACGUGUUCAGUAUAUUCUCGACAAAUGAUGAUAAAGUAAGUUUGGAGAAGGAAAUUUCAAGAACGAAGGGGCCAAGGCCUUGCAAGGAUAAAAUUGUCCGAUUGCGAUGCAAUUGGGAAUAAAUUGAGAUUACAAUUUUACAAGGUAUAUGCGAUAGGUUUAGAUUGCUAUUUCUAGCCUAAAAAAGCAAAAAAUGAACUUUUUUCGACCUCAUUUCCCGUAGAAUCCUUUCAGCGAAGACCUUUGAAUAUAUCGGUUACGCAUGCAAAGCAUCAGCUAAGAUUUUUAGAAACUGAUUAUGGUACUAUCCGUGCCUUGGCCACAAAAUUUUAAGGCAAUCCCGCUACUGUAAAUAGAGUUAUGACAAAAAAUAUUGCUUUAGGUGGGCUACCGCGCCUGUGGAAAGUUGGCAUCGCCGAUUCGAGGUGAAGAUGGGUUCGUUCGAAAGAAGGGACUAAACCACGAUCAAACAAUGGAUUCGACCGCACUAAUGCAGAUUAAUUUUAUUCGAAAACAUAAGCCGUAA